UGCAUUAAAAGAAUCUCAAAAAACAUUAAUAGAGGUUAUUAAUAAAUCAAAUAGCUACCAUGCUAGGAAACACGUUCAAAAUGUUACUAAUUCUGAUGAUGAUGCUGCCACUAAUUAGUUUGGCCGCCGAUCCUGAAGGUGCUCUGCACAAAUAUCGUGCUUCUCCCAAACUCACGGGUCCUGUGAAGCUCCUACACGAUUCCGAGGAUGACAUACUGAACACUUUGGAUGUGGCUCUGGAGAAGAUAUCCACGAUAUAUAUGCAGGCCUUAUUCGCUGGCACCCACACUCCGGAAUUAGAGGCUCCACUGCGGGCCCUCGAAAUGGAGUUGUUCGAUCUGUUGGACAAGCUCUAUAACCAGAAUCGUCUCAAGGACUAUAUGAAGUACGAGGCGGAAGUGACGCGACAAAUGAUUAUCUACAACAUGCUCAAGAGAUUGUUUGGCUACACUCAGGAUAGUGUGGAAGUUGAGGCUGGAGACCUCUGA